CCACUGGCUUGGGCUGCUGAAGCGGCGAAAAGAUGGUUUGCUCAGCGCGGCUCCCCCUCGUCCGUUUGCCCCGGUUCUUGGCCGGGAAGAAGGCCGGGCAGGCGCGGGCUCUCCCGGGGAGAGAGGUGCAUCAGUAUCAAAAACUGAAAAACUCUUCCUGCUUCCAACCAAAAAUGCCUCCAUGUGACUUUGUGCCUGAGAAGUAUGAUUGGUCAGAACCUGCUGAAUACCACUUCUGCAGCUAUGGGAUGAUACCACCAGUCCUCCAGACCUUAAUCUUCAAGAAGAGACAUAUAGGGAGAUAUAUUUUUUCAAGUCUUAGCCUCCUAAUUAAGAACCAACAUUGCCACAAAUCAGAUUGGAAGUGCCAUUUUUUUCUCCCUCAUGAAUCCAGGAAAGUAACAGCAGCAGCUCAGAAACAGUUCGGCCGCCUAGGACACACGAGCAACAUCUACUUGCAUCCAGGAAUCCAAGAAUAUACAGAGAAACUGACUUCACUGCUUCCCGGCUCCUUAAAGGUAGCUUAUCUGACUAACAGUGGUACUGAAGCCAACGACCUGGCAGUGUUAAUAGCAAGAGUUUUCACCCGCAACACUGACGUCAUUGGUUUGAGAGGCGGAUACCAUGGAGGUAGUACCUAUGCUAUGGGCAUCACAGCCAUUGGGAGGUACAAAUUUGGUGUUGGCAAUGGAGCCAACUGCCACUCGACAAUGUUGCCUGACGUUUUCCGUGGUCCCUGGGGAGGAAGCCACUGUCGCGAUUCUCCGGUGCAAACAAUUCGAAAGUGCUCCUGUUCCUCAGGAACCUGCUAUGCUAAAGACCAGUAUAUUGAGCAAUUCAAGGACACACUCCAAACUUGUGUUUCAAAGAAAGUCGCUGCAUUUAUUGCCGAGCCAAUUCAAGGCAUAAAUGGAGCAAUUCAGUUUCCCAAAGGAUUCCUAAAGGAGGCUUAUCAGUUGGUGCGUGAAAGGGGAGGCCUCUGCAUUGCAGACGAGGUUCAGACUGGAUUUGGUCGAACAGGCAGUCAUUUCUGGGGAUUUCAAGGCCACGGUGUCAUUCCAGACAUAGUUACCAUGGCCAAAGGAAUUGGUAACGGCUUUCCCAUGGCAGCAGUUGUGACUACACCAGAAAUUGCACACAGUAUGACAGAGAACCUCCACUUCAACACUUUUGGGGGCAAUCCUGUGGCUUGUGCAGUUGGAUCUGCAGUCGUGGAUGCAAUAGAAGAAGAUGGCUUGCAGAAAAAUUGCCAAGAGAUCGGAACUUACUUGCUCUUAGAGUUUGCAAAGCUGCGGGAUAUGUUUGAAAGUGUUGGAGAUGUUCGUGGUAAAGGACUGAUGAUUGGGAUAGAGAUGGUCAAGAAUAAGGAAACUUGUGAGCCACUUCCAGCUGAAGAGAUGGACCAGAUUUGGGAAGACUGUAAGGAUAUGGGGUUGCUGAUUGGCAAAGGAGGAACGCAUCUCCAGACGUUUAGAGUUAAACCUCCAAUGUGCAUUACUAAAGACGAUGCAGAUUUUGCAGUGGCCGUCUUCCACGAAGCCUUAAUAAGACAUAUGAAAAGAACAGCCGAAAUGUAGACACACACACACACACACACACACAUUCCUGAGAUGCACUGGACUCACUGUAAAUAAAUCCAUGAACCAACA